UCCAGCCGCGGCUCCGACACCUGAAGGCACCGGAGCCGGCGCAGGGAGCCCCGACAGGCGGCGGCGGAGCGGGACGGGCAGUCCGGCGGCGGCCCCCGCAUGGCCCCGCCGUGAGAGGCUGGACCCAGCAACUGGGACCAGGAGAGGUCUAGUGGAGUUCCAGAGCAGCUGGGACGAAGUGAAGCAGCAGCCGCCAUGGAUGAGCAGACGCUCCUAUCUGCACUGCCUGGGGAAGGUGGUGCUGCCUGGGACCCCAGCCUGGGACCUGAGGCCACAGCGUCUUCUGAGGAGGAGCCUGGAGUCCAGAAUGGAACAGCUGUCAGUGAGGGCCCCAGCAGCAGCCACAGCAGCCCAGGACCUGAGACAAGGGGCACCCCAGCGGGCACUGAGGAGCCCAGAAAGGGCCUGGACAUGGCCCUCCACGGCCUCAACCUUGGCCUGUCCCUUGCCAAAGGCCUAGCCCUGGGGCGAGACUCGAACAUUCUGGAAGACUCAGCAGAGGCCGGACCCUGGAGGGCUGGCGGGCUGGCAGAGGGGGAUGAUGCCCCCAGGAGCCUCUGUGCAGACACUGAGGACCCUCAGCUAGGGCCGGACGGCCCUGAGGAGCCAGAUGUUCGGGAUGGCUUCAGCGCCACAUUCGAGAAGAUCGUGGAGUCGGAGCUGCUGCGGGGCACCCAGUACAGCAGCCUCGACUCCCUGGACGUGCUGAGCCUCACGGAUGAGAGCGACAGCUGCGUCAGCUUCGAGGCCCCCCUCACGCCCCUCAUCCAGCAGCGGGCCCGGGAUAGCCCCGAGCCAGGGGCUGGGUUGGGCACUGGGGACAUGGGGUCUGAGGGGGACAUGGGGAUGGCUUGUGGUGAUGGGGAGCUGGGCAGCCCCCUGCGGUGCUCCAUCUCCUGCAGCCGCUCAGAGAAUGUCCUGAGCUGCCUGUCUCUCACGGCUGUGCCCAAUGGCUUCCACGAGGAUGGGCCCCAGGGCCCAGGUGGGGACGAGGAUGAUGAUGAGGAAGAUACGGACAAGUUGCUGAACUCAGUCAGUGACCCCAGCCUGAAGGAUGGCCUGUCGGACUCGGACUCGGAGCUGAGCAGUUCAGAGGGGCUGGAGUCGGGCAGCAUGGACCCCCUGGCCAACGGGUGCCAGGGGGUCAGCGAAGCUGCUCGCCGGCUGGCACGCCGCCUCUACCACCUUGAGGGCUUCCAGCGCUGUGACGUGGCCCGGCAGCUGGGCAAGAACAAUGAGUUCAGCAGGCUGGUGGCCGGGGAGUACCUCAGUUUCUUCGACUUCUCGGGCCUGUCUCUGGACCGGGCGCUCAGGGAGAGACUGUGGGCCAGAGAGACCAUGAGACCAUCAAAAGCACUGCUCGCUUCUCUGACCCUCACCCACUUCUCAGGCAGCCUCUUACCUUGCCUGUGGUCAGCAAUGGCCCGAGGGAAAAAGUGGCUGCAGAGGACCUUCCUGAAGGCCUUCCCGCUGAUGGGGGAGACGCAGGAGCGCGAGCGGGUCCUCACGCACUUCUCCCGCCGGUACUGCCAGUGCAACCCGGAUGACAGCACCUCAGAAGAUGGGAUCCACACGCUCACCUGUGCCCUGAUGCUGCUCAACACAGACCUGCACGGACACAACAUUGGCAAGAAAAUGUCCUGCCAGCAAUUCAUUGCCAACUUGGACCGACUUAAUGAUGGCCAAGACUUUGCCAAAGACCUGCUGAAGACCCUUUACAACUCUAUCAAGAAUGAAAAGCUGGAAUGGGCCAUUGAUGAGGACGAGCUGAGGAAAUCACUGUCUGAGCUGGUGGAUGACAAGUUUGGGACAGGCACAAAGAAGGUGACACGGAUCCUGGAUGGUGGCAACCCCUUUCUGGAUGUCCCACAGGCUCUCAGCGCUACCACCUACAAGCAUGGUGUGCUCACCCGGAAGAGUCACGCCGACAUGGAUGGCAAGAGGACACCCCGUGGGAGGCGUGGCUGGAAGAAAUUCUACGCGGUGCUCAAAGGGACCAUCUUAUAUCUGCAGAAGGAUGAGUACAGGCCUGACAGGGCCCUGUCGGAGGGUGACCUGAAGAAUGCCAUCCGCGUGCAGCAUGCUCUGGCCACUAGGGCCUCCGACUACAGCAAGAAGUCCAACGUGCUCAAGCUGAAGACGGCCGACUGGAGGGUCUUCCUCUUUCAGGCACCGAGCAAAGAAGAAAUGCUGUCCUGGAUCCUUCGGAUCAACCUGGUGGCCGCCAUCUUCUCGGCCCCAGCCUUCCCAGCUGCUGUCAGCUCCAUGAAGAAGUUUUGUCGGCCCUUGCUGCCCUCCUGCACCACUCGCCUCUGCCAGGAGGAGCAGCUGCGGUCUCAUGAGAAUAAGUUGAGGCAGGUGACUGCGGAGCUGGCCGAGCAUAGGUGUCACCCAGUGGAGAGGGGCCUCAAGUCCAAGGAGGCCGAGGAGUACCGGCUGAAGGAGCACUAUCUCACGUUUGAGAAAAGCCGCUAUGAGACCUAUAUCCAUCUACUGGUUGUGAAAAUCAAAGUGGACUCAGAUGACCUGGAGCGGAUUGAGGCCCGGCUAGCCACCCUGGAAGGGGAUGACCCUUCUCUCCGGAAGACACACUCUAGCCCUGCCCUCAGUCAGGGCCAUGGACCUGUGACUGGCAACAAAGCCAUGAAGGAUGCCACUGGGCCUGACACUUAGCUGGUGUGGAUGGGCAGGCCCCAGAGGCAGGCAGAUGCCCCCAUAGGGGUCAGUGAGCACAAUUCCAGUCAGGAGCCACUUGAAUUAAGCUCCAGGCAGUUGGUGGGCAGCCAGAGGGGUAUGGCCAAGAAGAUGGAGAUGAGAUGUUAUUCAUGGCGUUGACCUUCUUCCAUCUUGGGGCAUCUCUGGGCCUCAGACUCUUUCCCCAGCCCUCACUUUCCUCUUCACUACAGGGCCUCAUUUUUCAGGCCAGUUGUGUGCAUGCUCUAGAUGCCGUCUCCUAGAGAAGCCGGAAGGGCCAUUGGCUUCCAGGCCCUCCUCUUCUCAUCAAGCUCCUCCCCCUAUCUCCUUGUUUCUGAGAGCAGGUCUUGGCUCCAGGUCCAAGCUUGGACUCCCACCCUUUCUGUUCUCCUCCCUCUGAGAUGACCAGCAGCGGGUCUGCAGACCACCAGCACCAUCCUCUCCUCCCACCCCAACAACCACCACAACCAUGUCCAGCUGCUGCCUCACUUUGCAAUAAUCUAGGACCUGGGCCCACCCCUCUCAGCCUCAAGCUGUCUCUGCUUAUGCGUGUGUCCGUCCAUUCUCCUUCCAUCCAUUGAGGCCUCUACUGCUUUCUUUUUAUACAGACACAAAUGUAUAUAUAUAAGAAUUAUGUAUAUAUAUAUAUAUAUAUAUAUAUAUGAAAGGAACUCCUUUAAACAUGGUUUUAGGACUGACAUCAAAGAGGAUGAAAUAAGAUGAAGGCAAAGCCUACUUCUGAGCUCCACCUGUUGGCAAGUAGGGCUGACAUCUGGCCCCCAUGACCCUAACACUCUAGGAGGGAAGGUGGAGGCAGUCCUGACCUCCCCCCACCCCAUUUCCCCCCACUGCCGGCUGACCUGUGACUUACAUUGCUCUUACAGUUGAUGCUUUGGGAAUAAAUAGAGUGUGUGUGUGCUGUCCUGUCCCAUGGGGGUCCUGGGCUGUGAGUGUGAUGGAGCCAAGGGCCUGUUUAUAUUUUGGUCUUUCUGUUGGUGCUGCCAGGUCUCUGAGCAUCAGAGGUGGCAUCUUGUACAGACGUUCUGCAAUCUGCCUUGCAAAUAGCCACAAGCCCAAAGAUACCUGGUGGAUAAAGAUUAUGAAAGUCAUUAAUUCUUGGUCUUGGGAAAAGGUGGAAUGACAGUUUGCUCAUUGCUUUAGAUUAUUUCUUUCACUCUUCUAGUGAAUCAGAAAUGCUUAGCGAAGGGUAUGUUUGGAAAAGAUAGAGAAAUUUGCCAUGUGACGAUGGCCAGAUUAGCAUCCUUAAACCCUGCAUUUCUUGGACGGAUGAGUGGUUGAGGGUGACGGCACACUCAAUACAGCUAUGGUGGGCAAAUCCUAUUUCUAAAACAGGUUUUCUGUAGUUUGGCCAGGAAUUUGACCUCAGUGGUAACAUAUUUAGUUAGUAAGAUAAGCCAAACUUGCACCUAAGUAUCCUACAUUUAGACACCCACUCAAAUUUGAUGCAAGGAAUGUGUGAGUCUGGAGAGACUUAGUGAUUGAAAUCCAGAUUAUUUAAUUUGGAUCAGCUGAAAUGUGUUUUAAACGCAAACCAUCUGGCCUCUUCAUUUUUGCUCAGAGGAAGAAAAGUUUCAUUUAAACGAAAUUGAAAUUGCAAAUGUGUACUUUCUUCAUGCUGUCUCAAAGGUCCCUGACAUUCUGAGGGCAGUGUCCCACCAUGCACUUCACAAGGGUGGGUGAGUGAAGGCAGAGGUGCCAGUUCCGUCAACUGCAGACAGAUGUGCUUCCCUGAGCACUAUUGUGCCUCUCAUGAGUUAAAAAAAAAAAAAAAAAA